AAAAUUCGAACUCGACCAAAACCCUAAAAUUCGGAUGUUAGGCACCGCACGGUUACGAACCGUAGGGAACCCGCUUUGAAAAAAAAAGCUCCGAUUAACCGACCCAAAUUGCUGAAAAAACAACCCUAAAUGGUCCACUGAACUGAGCCUCUUCUCAAUCUCUUGUCUUCCCCCAAAAAUGGCGAUUUCAACACUCCAAAAACUUACUGCCCAAAUCCACCGUUUCCCAUCACUCUCCUCCCACAUCCUCACCCGAUCCUCCGCCACCUCAUCCUCCACCAUAAAAGUUGCGGACCGGCUCGUCAAAUUCUUCGCCGUCGAUCCAGAAGGGCAGAAGCGUGAGGUAGUGGGCCUAGCGGGUCGUACCUUACUUCGGGCCUUGACUAACGGCGGUCUGAUCGACCCGGCCUCUCACCGCCAUGAGGAGAUCGACGCAUGUUCCGCGGAAUGCGAGGUCAACAUCGCCCAGGAAUGGCUGGAGAAGCUUCCACCUCGUACCAACGAUGAGGAAUACGUGUUGGUAAGGAAUUCGAGGGGUCGUAUCUUGAACAAGCAUUCCAGGCUUUCGUGUCAGGUCGUGCUUACGCCUCAGCUACAGGGUAUGGUUGUCGCUGUCCCCGAGCCUAGGCCCUGGGAUACUCCAUAAAAAUAUAGAAAAAAAAAGAGAAAUAAGGGAAAUUUUUAGUGCAUUUCUGUUAUUUUUGUGGGAUUAAUAAUAAUAAUAAUAAUUUUGGUACUUUGAAAGAAACCGGUUUUAUUUGUGAGUACAUUAUUGCCCCCGUGUGAUUUGGGUGCGUUGGAAUUUAAAUGCAAGUGUUCUAUGGCUUGUGAUGAUAUUUGGGGAUUUUCUUCAAUGUCUGUGGUUUAUUAGCUUGCUGGAAAGUUAUGGGAUUUAAUAGAAAAUUUUUAAAAAUUAUUUGGAAAUUGCAAUUGGUUUCAUGUGAUUGUUCUCGUGGUUAAAGUUAAAACCUUGAUUGCUAUUAGGUGUUAUGGAAAUUGAGAAUUCUGGUUUUGGGCACUAAGUAAUGGCAUGGUUGGUCUGAGAGGAAAUUAUUAUGUAUCUGUGACCAUUGUAGUGUUACCUUCUUUUUCUAUCUGACGCCAGGUUAAGAAAAUGGUCUAUCCUUUUACUUAUCUUGACCUUGUUUCCUAUGCUAGCUAGAACUGUCUAUGGUCUGAAGGUGCUUUCUUGUGUUUUGUUUGGUACAUAUCUUGAAACCGGUAGAUCUUUAUGUGAAUCUGGGUUGAACAUUGUCAUUGAGUCAUAGAUUUGUAAAUAUUGGUAUAGACUGUCCAGUGAUGGUUGUACGGUUAGUGAGUCUGUGGCUUCACAGUGGUAGAAGAGGGUUUGAAGUUGUUGCGUAUGAGCCCUUCUGGAGGGCAAUUGCCGGAUACUGUGUUUGAAAUGAAUGUGAGAUUAGUCUUCAAGUAUUAAAGAUUAGGUUGGUUGACAGAUUUUCUAGAGCUGUAGCAAAUAAAGAACAGCACAAGUGUUUCUUUUAAAGUUAUCUGAUUUUGUUAAUUUGAGGUGUCAAAGUUGUUUGGUACAUUACUCCUAAAUGUUUAAUUGGUGAUCUUUAAUCACUCAGCAAACCUAGUUUAUGUAUAACUGAUUAUAGGUGAUGUAAUUUUACAUAAUCCAAUCUUUUAUGAGCGAAGGUAGUGUUUAUGUUUAGUGACUUAAUGCAAGGUAUGAAGUGGACAAGUACAGCAUCAUACUGCAGAGAGAUUAUGACUUUUCUGGCUAGUGACUAAGAUCAUGACAGCAAUUGCAUCUUCAUUUCACUUGAUUGGAUAUUUGGAUUUCUUAGGAAUACAGGAUUAUUUACUGCCUCAAACAGUGAUCUUUGAUCUCAUUUAAGCCCUUCAGCAUUAGCCCAAGUAACAAAAGUAUGGGGCUGAGCUGAAUUAUGUUUGAUUGGUUAAAAAUAUUAUAGGUUACAAACAAAAGAAGUUCCUAAUAUAAGUUGAAUUGCUUGGCAUUACAA